AUGUACUCCCCGAUCUACCACGCCCACCAAGUGUACAGCGGGCUGACCGUGUACUCGGAGGACAAUCUCGACCUUCAAAACCGCUUUCUUGCGAAUGAUCAGCUUCCCACUCAACGCUAUCCCCCAGACCACCAGUACAAUCAGUGCUAUGCGGGACCUUUUCAACCUCCCGGUCCUGGCCCCCUUCCCGUGCGGCAUCUCCCAGCCCCCUACAUCCCUUACCCGCAGGCUCCUUCUAAGCAGAACCCAACGUUCUUCCUCCAGAGCCCGCCUCAGUACCAGCAGUGUAGCGCGUGGGAUGGGGUGCUCCAGCCCUCGUAUUCCAACACUCUCCUUGAGACACCCGCGCCCGUUUCCCCCUCAGCGACCCACACGCUCUACUCGAUGGCAGCGCUAUCCCUCAACUGCGCGGCUCCGCCGAUGGACAUACCUGCGCGGCCCCCGGCUCCUCCUGUGAGCGCACCCCGCGCGCAGGAGCAACAACAACCGCCGCAGACGCAGCCGAAACAAAAGAGGGUCUACAACACCCCCACAGGCCUGCCUCCGUUGCCCACCUUUGCGCACAACCGCAUCAACGCAAGGGAUCGCAAGCGCUCUUCCGCCGAGGCUCGGGACCGCGCGCACCCCUACAAUCAGCAAGCUCGCCCUUCGCGCCUCUCGUCCUCGUCCUCCCCGUCUUCCACCUCGCCGUGGUCCCCAUUUUCGUCGCUGCCGUCUUCCCCGUCCUCGCACGCGCCCUCCCCAUCCUCCACCCCCUCGUCCUCGCCCUCGUCCCCUCCGCCGGACGCCAAGCUCCCCUGCCCGCACUCCCCCGCCUGCCCCGCCCGCUUCUCCCGCGCGCAGGAGGCCGCGCGCCACGUCCGCUCCGUCCACCGCCGCGCGCGCCUCGACUGGGCGUGCUGCGGCCUGCCCCUCGCCCUUCGCGCGCCCGCGCCGGGCGAGCGCGCGUACGACUACGCCGGCGUCGCCGUCGCGGGCGGGUGCGGGCGCGAGCACUCGCGCGCGGACGCGUACGCGCGCCACCUCAAGCGCGGGCGGUGCGUCGGGGACGUGCGGGGCGCGUGGAUGGUCGGCGCGCGGGGGAAGGCGCGGGCGGCGGCCGGGGUGGGCGAGUAG